AUGUUUGCAUGUCCGAUGGACAAUUGCAACUACAGAGGUAAUCAAAAUCAGGAUAGUCAAAGAGGUUACCAGAGGUUCGCGUGCCCCCAAUGCGGAAGGCAGUACAAGUACAAGGGAGGUCUUUACAGGCACGUGAAGUACGAGUGCGGCGUUGAACCGCAGUUCUCGUGUCCUUACAAAGGAUGCCAGUACAGGUCGAAGAUCAAGUGCAACAUGAAAUCGCACAUGCGACGGCACACCGACCUCCUCAAAGACACCAACAAACAUAUCAAACUCAUCGCCAGUCGACCGAGCAGCCAAAGUUACCAGAAGUUCUUCUGCGAUCGUUGCGGAAAAGGGUACAAGCAUAAACCAUCUCUGUACACGCACAAGAGGUUCGAAUGCGGUAUAGAACCGCAGUUCGUGUGUCCGAACGAGAAUUGCGGAAAGAAAUUCAAGAUACGCGCCAAUUUGAGGACGCACGUCUACAAAUUGCAUCCGGAGUUCUACUCGUACGAUCCGCCCUUCCAUUACAAGUAUCAGUGA